AUGGCCCUUGCUAUCACCACCACCCAGAAGAUCACAGAUGGCCCCUCUGGGAAGCUGUGGUGUGAUGACCAAAGGACUGCCCAGAUCAUGAUCCCUGCUACUACCGGUGUGGCCAAGCUGUGGGUCUCCACCCCCAAUGCGUUGGUCGUGGAUCUGACCUGCCACCUGGAGAAAGUUGCCAAAUAUGAUGACAUCAAGAAGAUGGUGAAACAGGCAUCGGAGAAUCCCCUAAAGGGGAUCCUGGGCUCCACUGAAGACCAAGUUAUAGCCUGUGACUUCAACAAUGACACAUACUCUUCCACCUUCAAAGCUUGA